GGAUCUGUACACCGAUAAGGAUGAAGGCUGCGGCUACUGUAGAUUAUCGGCGAGAGAGCAGAUUCUGACGGAGAUGAAGCGGUUGCUGGAGAAGUACGGCGGCGAGGAGGUGAGUAUCACGAUCACCGGCCAUAGUUUGGGGAGCGCUUUAGCGGUGUUGAGCGCUUAUGAUAUCGCGGAAACGGGUCUGACCCGAAUGGGAGAUGGGCGGGUCGUACCCGUUUGCGUUUUCUCGUUUUCGGGGCCCCGAGUUGGGAAUGUUUCGUUCAAGGAACGACUUGAAGGACUAGGAGUGAAGGUAUUGAGGGUGGUAAAUGUUCAUGACGUGGUACCAAAAUCACCAGGAUUUAUAUUCAACGAAGGCAUACCAAGGAUGGUGAUGAAGAUCGCAGAGGAAUUACCGUGGAGUUAUUCACACGUGGGCGUAGAGUUGAAACUCGAUCACAAAAUUUCACCCUUCCUAAAGCAAACAAACGACCCCGUUUGUGCCCAUAAUUUGGAAGCUCAUUUACAUUUACUUGACGGAUACCAUGGGAAGGGCGGUAGGUUCGUGCUGGCGAGCGGGAGGGAUCCGGCGCUGGUGAACAAGGCUUGUGAUUUUCUUAAGGAUCAUUACUUGGUCCCACCAAAUUGGAGGCAAGAUGAAAAUAAAGUCGGUCGUUGUUGCAGAGCCUUUCAAGACCGUCGAGCUCCAACCGAUUAAAAAAAACUGAUAAGUUGUUGGUCAGCAUCAAUUUUUAAGCUCAAAAUCGACGUGAGACCGAUCCAUGACUACCUCUAAUUAAAACUGAUGCAGCACAUUUAUGCAUAUAUGGUAAAUCAAAAUGGAUAACAGAGGAUCGUUCAAGAUGAUAUGUGGUUUUAGACAAAUUUUUUUUAUAGAGUCUUAAUCUAUAGAAUAUAUUAUUUAAAAUUUUAAUGUUCUAUU